AUGUCUGCCUUGAAUGAAAAAAAGACUGAUCCAGAGGGUCUCUCAACCAUGGCCUCGCAGGGCAUGCACGACAGUAACGAAAUUGUCCAUGAUCCCGUAUUUGGCGAAAUCAGCGAAGACGGCCCUGACUAUCGCAAUGUGAGCUUCUCCUGGGAACAUUUCCACAUGUGCUUAACUGAUAUCCAUCUUGGAUCCGCUAUUCUCAUGAUGAAGAUCCAGAUCGGCCUCGGCGUCCUCGCUCUCCCGGCUGCCUUUAAUGAUGUAGGCCCCAUCCCGGGGGUUAUUCUCCUAUCCGUCGUUGGCGGCAUUCUACGUCACCGAGAAUUCUAUGGCAUCGACGAUGCUGUCCAGCUCAUGUUCGGCCGCGUUGCACGCGAAGCAUUUGGCUUUAUAUUUUGUCUCUUCUGGGUUUUCGCUGCCGGGUCUGGGAUGUUACGCAUCGCUAUCGGCUUAAACGCCAUCACGUCUCAUGGCGCGUGUACGGCCGCUUUCGUCGGCGUGGCCGCCUUUUUGGGCUUUUCGAUCGCCAGUAUCCGUACCCUCGGCCGCCUUGCUUGGGCUGCAUGGUUUGGAUUGCUCUGCCUUCUGGCAUCGAGACCGCCCGAUGCAGCACCUGAAGACGGUCACUGGGUCUCUGAUUAUAAACUCUUUAACCGACCAACCUUCACUGCUGCUAUGAAUGCUAUCUCGAUGUUCCUCAUAGCUUAUAGCGCUGUCCCUGCAUUUUUCCCGAUCGCGGCCGAGAUGCGAAACCCCUGA